AGGAGGACUUCUGACCCUUAACUGUUUUCCUUCCUUUUCCUUUCCGGCUGCCAUGGCGGCCCGCGUGGGGCUGGUGACCCGUCUGCCUCUGUGCCCCCAGGGAAGAGCCCGCUUCCUUGGCUCUCUCUGCCGGCACCUCAGUCAUUCCGGAGCUGCCGUCCUCCGAAGAGAAGAGGCGACCGCAGUUUGCGCGGAGCUAGACUUGCAAGAAACAACCAAGAAAAAGACUUUCUCUGAGAUGCAAAAGGAAAGACGUGAGCAGGCGCAAAGGUCCAUUUUGAUAAGCUGUCCCAAGAAAAUCCCUGAGAAAAAACUGCUGAAGCAUUUGUGUCAGCAUGGAGACAUCACUAAUCAUUUCUUCUUCGAAAGCUUUGGUCUUCAUGCUGUUAUAGAGUUUUCCAAAAAGGAAAGUAUAGCUUCACUACAGGAUGCAUCUUUUAUCCCUCGUGGAGAAACAGAGUUUCCUAUUCCAUUUAAAUCUCGUUUCUUUCAUCUAAACUUGAAGAAUCCAUCAAACCAAACUUCAGAUGUACAAUGUAGUAACCAGUCUAGCCCUUUGAAUGCAAAUAUUAUCAAGGCACUUUGUAAUGCAGAAAGUGUAGAAAACCAAAUAAAUACUCUGAUGAAAAUAUUACAACUAACAGAGGAGAAUAUUAGGCUUCGAUAUCUUACCUGCUCUCUUAUUGAAGAUAUUGCAGCGGCAUAUUUUCCAUCUUGUACUAUCAAACCAUUUGGCUCAUCAGUAAAUACUUUUGGGAAACUAGGAUGUGAUUUGGACAUGUUUUUGGACCUGGAUGACAUUGGGAAAAACAGUACUACAAAGACAGAAGGAUCAUUUUUAAUGGAAUAUCAGGUGAAAAAUGUCCCUUCUGAAAGAUGGGCAACGCAGAAGAUUCUGGGUGUGAUUGGAGAAUGCCUGGACAACUUUGGUCCAGGUUGUGUCAGUGUGCAGAAGAUACUAAAUGCUCGUUGUCCAUUGGUGAGAUUCUCUCAUCAGGCUUCUGGUUUUCAGUGUGAUUUGACUGCUAACAAUAGGAUUGCCAUGAAAAGUUCAGAACUUCUGUAUAUAUAUGGCUCCCUGGAUUCUCGAGUAAGAGCUCUGGCCUUCAGUGUAAGAUGCUGGGCCCGUCAACAGUCAUUGACAAGUAGUAUUCCUGGUUCCUGGCUAACAAAUUUCUCCCUUACAAUAAUGGUCAUCUUUUUUCUUCAGAAAAGAUCUCCUCCAGUCAUUCCUUCUCUAGACUCUCUAAAAAAUCUAGCAGAUGUAAAAGACAAAUGUAUAAUAGAUAACAAUGACUGCACAUUUGUUAGUAACUUGGACAGAAUUAAACCUUCAGAAAACACAGAAACAGUAGAUACCUUACUCUGUCAGUUUUUUGAAUAUUUUGGAAAUUUUCCUUUUAAUAAGAAUUCUAUAAAUAUUCGAAAGGGAAAGGAACAAAACAAGCCUGACUCCUCUCCUAUAUACAUUCAAAAUCCCUUUGAAAUCUCCCUUAACAUCAGCAGAAAUGUUAAUGAAAGUCAGCUGGAAAGAUUUGUACAUCUGGCCAGAGAAAGUGCUUGGAUUUUACAAGAGAACAAAGGUCAAUCUUCAAAAACAAGUACCGAGCCUUGGGGGCUGGCAGCCCUGCUGCUACCAUCUGUACCGAACAAAUCCAAAGCCAAGAAGGCAGGGAGAGGACAAACAAGUGAAGCGGUCAAAAAGUUGUUAGAGUCCAUAAAGGCCGAAUCCACAAAAGAUCCCAGAGCUACCAGGAAGAAAACAACGAUUAGUACUCAGUCGUGAGACCUGUUUGCUUUCUUUUAAGAAUUGAUUAUGCUCAAUAAAAAUGUACUUGAAAUACAGUGGAAAAACUGACCUCAGCCUUCCACAAGUUUCAACUUUGGUUUAUUCUUUGCAUCUGACCCAGCUCAAUGUACCUGACUUGGAGCAGCCAGACCUAGCUUUAUCUUUCACUUGUGUGAGGUAAAAGCCAGAUGCUGUUUGAAUGAAAUAAAAUGACAAAAGAGAAAAAAGGUUGGGGAAUAAGAAAAUGAAUGGACAAGAGAGGGAUGGUGCCUCCACCUUUUAAUAAAAUCACAACUUAAAAGUAAUUCAUUUAUUAUAAUGCUACCAGCUUCAUUGAUUGAAAACUUUAAAAUUUUCAUGUUCAUGGCUAUUUUUACUACUCUUAUACAUGGCACCUUAAAUGCAAUAAAGCAUUUAGGAUUUGUUAUAAUUGUUAAAAUUUAGUGGAUUAUUAUUCAUUUUAAGAAUACUAUUAUUUUAAAAUGAAACAAAACAACUGGAUGCUGCUGGAUACUGUUAAGGAUCUAUAUUAAGGAAUGAGUAAAUAGCUGGUGAAAAAGAAUAAUAAAUUAUUCAGCCACUAAUUUAUAGAUCUUCUCAACCCAGAUAGAUUUAUUUUUGGUGUGUUGCUAAUCUUUUUCAAAUUAUGAUACAUAUUACUUUCUUUUCCUUUUCAGAAUAAAAAAAAAUGCUCAACUAUAAUAUAUUCUUUGAAUUUGAGAAACCUUUUGUAGAAAAUCAAGUGCUUUAAAAUGUACUUCAUACUACAUUCCUUGGAGAAUUAUGUUUGCUCUUCUUUAAUCUCUCUAGCAUAUAACAAUUCCUGAAAUCCAAGGUCUUUCAACAUUCUGAGUAUGUUGAAAAUAUUUUUUCCAUUUAAAUUGUGAACAAGUGACUUAAUAAGCUCUAUCAGGGACAGAGCCCAUACAUUCUAACAAAAUUGCUGUGAAGGAAAAAAAAAUCUGUCCAUGAUAGAGGUGUACAACUAUGUUAUUUGGAUUCAUUGAAAAGAACACACAAGCAGCCAAAUUAUUUUUAUGUAGACAGAGCCACUAAGCUUUCUAGUCAAUUGUGUAGUUUGGGGGCAUUCUAACAGGCUGAUAAUUAUUGCUGGGAAUUAAUAGAUUUUUUGAAAGCAAAAGCCUUUUAAUUUACUAAAAUUUUUUGAAGAAUGUGUUUGAGUGUGUGUUAUUUUGACCAAUGAAAGCUUCCAUUUGACAUAUCCUUGUUAUAUCAUUGAUGUUAAGUCCCUUGUAUGUUGUUCAUUUUGUAGUAAAUAGAACAACUUUUGGCUACUUUUCUUUUUACUUUGUAUUCUAUAUAGCAGUGUUUGGGAUUGUCUGUCUUAAAUGAGGAGUCAUUUAAAUCAACUCAUCUGUGAAUCAAAUAAUAGUAUAUGUUCGUUAUUUCCUAGUCACACUUAGAGCAGUUAUAAUUGGAAAGAUUUAGGCGAAGUGUUUUUUCCCUGUUUUUCUUAAGUAUUAGAUAUUACUGUUGCUUUUGCCAUCUCAUUCUAUAACUUUCAUCUACUUUGAUUUUCAUGAAGUAAUCUAAAAAUCAUAGAUAGAGGGCCUGGGUUGAUCUUAGAGGAUUGGGUUCAAAUCUUGCCUCUGACAUGUACUGUUUGAUCUACGCCAAGACUCUUAAUCUCUUUCUCUGAACCAGACAACUCUUGAAGAUUAUUAAAUUGUGUGAAACUCUCCUGAGUGUAAUCUGAAAUCUUUUUGCUUACUGUAUUUCAAAGCUAGAUAUCACAUAUACAUCUCAAACUCAUUUCUAAAGUAGAAUUAUCCUCUUAAAGCCUAUUUCUCUUCAUCACUUCCCUGUUUCUAUGGAAAACAUUACCAUUCUUCUAGUCCAGGGUUUCAAUCAGAAGUCAUUCUCAGCUAUUCACUCAUUCAUACUCAGCCCCCUAAUCUGCCAUCCCCAUCUCUUCACAUUCAUUCAGUUGCCAAGUCUUGUGGAUGCUCAACAUCUCUUAAAAAGCCUCUGAGUUCUACUCAUACUACAACCAGCCUAAUUGAGACCCUUGUCACCUCUUACUGCAACUUUUGUACUAGCUUCCCAAUUGGCCCCCCAUAUCCAAACCCUUCCCCUACAUCUGCCCCUAUGUAGCUUUGGCUGUAUUUCUGAAACUCAAGAAAUGAUUGACUUUCCACUGCUGCUGGAGUCAAAUAGACCCUCCAAUGUCCUUUAGAGUAGGGCUUCUUAUAUUUUCUCCAUUCAUGAUCCCUUUUUGCUCAAGAAAUUGUUACAUGACUCUAGCUAUAUAAAACGGGUCACAAUUUUGCAAUCCUAGAUACAGUUUACCUGACUUGAUGUGGGCUUGCAAACUACAAUUUAGGAAGCCUUGCUUUAGAGCCCUUCCUUUGUGCCUUCAGCACAUCUUUGUGCUAAUAUUUCUCAUAAGCUGACCAACUUUCCAGUACCUCAUCUCCUGUCACCAGACUUUUUUUUAAUCCAUUCCUCGUGACUUGACUGAUUUUUUUUCCUCAUCAUCUUUUCGAACCUCCAGAUUCUUUCAGGGUAUGAUUUUCUAUGAAUUUCCCAGUUUUUAGUGUUCCUUCUCCCAAUAACUCUGCUUUUGCUUUGCAUAUAUUCUCUAUAUUCUUAUCUGUGAACCUCGAUCUCCCCAGUAGAUUGUGUGCCCCCUUUUAGGGGGAUUCUCUCAUUUAUGGAAGCCAGAGUCACAAUCAGAGAGUUCAUGGUUUGGAGUAAGGCAAAAGAAGACCGCAAUAGUAUUUGAUCCUGGAGGCAAGAGAGAGAGCUAUGAUUGUUUAUUAAGUAGAAGUUUUACAUAGGAGACCUGUGCUUCAGGAAAAUUACUCCACUAACUGGAGGAUGGAUUGUAGUAGGGAGAAUCUUGAGUCAGGUAGACACUGCAUGCUAGUAAUAAUCUAGGCUUGAGGUGAAGCCUCAAGAUGAAGAUUGGGACAGUGUCAGAGGAGAGGGGUCAUAUUUGAGAUUUUGAAAAG